UCCACAUCAUAAAAAGUCUGGCUGAUAAUCUCUGCACCAGUAGAAUUCUCCCAAAGCACCUUUUUCUUCCCAAAUUUUUAAAAAAUCAAUUCAUGAAUCAGCUUAAAUAGCUUCGCUUACAUAUAACCAGAGCAAAAAUUCAAUAAAUUUCCCAUAAAACUCACGCAAUUUCCCGCCAACACAAACCAGAUGCAGAGAUGCUCUGUUUUUCUCUGUUUCGCCAUACACCUCCUUUAACUAGCCAAUACAAGGAUCAAGCUUGGCUCUUUCAACAAAAACCCAUAACCCGUCUUACAUCUCUUCAUUUCUGUCGAAACCCAGGUUUUUUCUUCGAAAAAGAUUAUGGGUAUCGAGCAAAAGUUUCAAAAUUUUUGUGUUCGAAUGGGGCAGUUACUUCCUUGGUGAACGAUGAUUUUGAGAUGGAAUUGGGCCGCCUCUUGGCGCUUUUGCCGGAAGAAAUGCGAAGAAGGGUUAGUGAGCACCCGGAGCUUUAUCAGUUAAUUGAAGUGGUUAUGGAUUUGGGUCGAAAACCUUUGGCUAGAUUUCCAUCUGGAGACUUCUUUCUGUCGGAUUGCCCAAUCACUGUCCAGGACCUUGAACAUGCUACAUCUCAGGUUGGUGAUUUUGCCAUUGACAAUCGAGCUGGUAUCAGCCGAACAUUACAUCGCAUUAGUGCUAUCAGGAAUCGAAAGGGGGCAAUUAUUGGUCUAACUUGCCGAGUUGGUCGUGCAGUAUCAGGGAGCACUAAGUUACUGCAAGACCUUGUUCAAGAUGGAGCUUCUUUGUUGAUAAUUGGUCCUCCAGGAGUGGGAAAAACCACGAUUAUCAGGGAAAUAGCUCGGAUGCUUGCAAAUGAUUUCAAGAAACGUGUCAUGAUUGUUGACACCUCCAAUGAGAUUGGUGGGGAUGGCGAUAUACCUCAUGCAGGAAUAGGUAAUGCUCGUCGGAUGCAAGUCCCUAACUCUGAUAUGCAACAUAAGGUAUUGAUUGAAGCAGUGGAAAAUCAUAUGCCACAAGUCAUUGUGAUUGAUGAAAUUGGCACAAAGCUUGAAGCAAUGGCAGCAAGCACAAUUGCACAACGUGGAAUUCAACUAGUUGCCACUGCUCAUGGAAUAACAAUAGAGAAUUUGAUAAUGAAUCCUUCAUUGGAGAUACUUGUUGGAGGAGUGCAGAGUGUAACACUAGGUGAUGAAGAAGCAAGCCGAAGAGGUGUCCAGAAAACAGUGCUGGAGAGGAGAGGGCCUUCAACAUUCACUUGUGCUGUGGAGAUAAUUUCUAAGACUGAGUUGCGAGUUCAUCGUAGCCUUGAAGCGACAGUUGAUGCCAUUCUCUCAGGUCGUGUCCCAAAUGUUGAAAUUCGCAGGAUGCGCUGUGAUGGGUCAACAGACACUGUGUUGAAGGAAACAUUCAGUGUCACAUCCUCUGACCAGAAAGAUGUGAUAAUAGACGAAGACGAUCUAGAGAUGACAGAAGAAAUAACAGGCCAUAAUGAUUUCAUGUCUGAGUUUCAUCAAAACGUUGAAGAAGAUUCUUUGGAAGAUGGAUUUCCACUUCGCCUGUUUGUCUAUGGGAUUCUGGAGGCAAGCAUAAUGCAAGGAAUUAAACAGUUGAAAAUGGAUUCUACAGUUCGACUAACUGAUAAUAUCGGUGAAGCAGAUGCAUUACUUGCUUUGCAGUCUAAGCUCAAGAAGAAUUCCCACAUUCAAGCAGCUGCCAAAAAUCUCCAUAUACCCAUUUAUGUAACGAAGACAAGCUCAUUGGUGCAGAUAACCAAGGCCAUACAGGCACUAGUAGAUGAUCAUGCUAACGGAUUAAAGGAUCAUGGAUCAGAAGACAAGAUUAACCUUUCAGAGAAGAUUGAUGCCCUUGAGGAGGCAAGAAUAGCCAUUGAGCAGGUUGUAAUUCCGAAGGGGCAAGCUGUGGAGUUACUGCCAAGGCCAUCCUACAUUUUGUCCCUUCAAAUGGACCUCAUCCGGAAGUACCAAUUACAAUUCAAGCGAGUCAGUAAAGAGCCACAGGAACGUCUCCGUAUUUUGCCAUUUCAGUCGAAGCUGGAUGAACCCAAAAAUGGUGAUGAAACAGCUGAUCUAGAUUUCUGCUCUGAUGACUUUAUCGGCUCAGGAAGCGACUUGAAUGGCUCUCUCUAUACUGUGGACAGAUUACCUCUCCUGCCUGACUAGCCUUUACAAUGUUGCAUAUACUGCGAUUCAUUGAUAUAUGAUUGAUUAUAGACUCUUAUCUACCAUUUCAGGUUUUUUCUAUUUGAUUGGAAGACCAUGUUCUUAAUUGAUUAAUAAGAGAAAACUGAUGAAUAUAUGAACAUGGUUAUAUUUUCCAUCGAAAA